AUGGCGAUGACACCCCGACGUGUGCUUCUACUGCUGUGCACCACGGGAAUGUGUUUGGCUGCAUCCUGCCGUGCAGACGGCGAGGCUUGUGACUCCGAGGACCAAGCACUUCUUCAGCACGAUAGCAACCCCAGGUUCAACAUCCUCCAGGUCUCCCAGACAACAGUGCGAAAGGCCAAACGAUGUGCAAACGAGUACUUUACAAAGCUCGCAUCUGCCAACCUUUCCAGCGAUUACAGGCCGUGGAGAUAUCGUAGGAUGCCGGCAAGCGGACGCAACAUGGUGAUCGGUGCGGGCAUGGGCACCACGGGCACGCACAGUGUGGUGGUCGCUUUGGAAGAGCUCGGACUGAAAGGAUACCAUUUCAAGGAUGCGCGAGCGUCGGCCAACGAGCACGCCAAAGAGCAUGGGCUACCGGACUACGUCGUCCCGAUUGUCGAGCAGCUGAAGCAAAAUACGACUGCGUGCUAUGGUGCCAUCGAGACCUUUGACUUCAGCACACUUCCCGACAACGUCGAGUAUGUGAGUGACACACCCUUCACGGAGCUUUUCCUGGACAUUUACACGCAGUUCCCCACGGCCAAGGUAGUGCUGACAACGAGGCCUAGCCUGGAUUGGGCGAAGAGCCGGAAAAAGCAUGCGAAUUCCCCACCGCCGGUUCUUAGGCCGUGCGGCCUGGCAGGUGUGAAAGAUUACGCAGAAACAGAUCUUGCAGCCAUGUUGGACUCUUACAACGACCUGGUUAGAUGUGUUGUCCCUCCGGGAAACCUGCUGGAGGUCGACUUGUUUCAAAACGGAACCAACCUCACGGAGACGUUGGCCUCCUUCCUGGACAACAGACUAGAAGGACGGGUGGAGCACUCCAGGGCCGUCAACGUGAAGAGGCAUUUCCUUCCCAAUUGCCAACUCGCAAGCCGGAUGCUGUGUGACAGCUUCAUCGUUCCCGAGAAGUGUGAAGGCAACAUCCUGGAUUACAUCAACAAGUAA